AUGAUCGAUGGUGAGAUGCUAAUGAGGGACUCCGAUGAAGUUUAUGGUGUCGUCGAUCCAGCAGCGCUUAGCGUUGUCUCCGCCGAUGCUUCGACAUCACACUGUGUGCAGUUUCGUCAAACUGGGAGGAUCGACAGAAUGAACGAGCGCCACUCCCAGCCCGCAGCCAAAUGUGCUGUUGUUGGAGACGAAAGCUCAUCGUUAAGGGCUUCUGCUCCCUUGCAAAUGGGUCGGGCUUUGCCACAGCUGCCAGCGGAUAUGUACUCAGUUAUUGACAAAAGUCGAAAAACUAAUGUACCAUUUGCUGACGAAGGUGGUAUUCCCAUGUAUGAAUCCAUCGAUCCAGAAAAUGAUUCCGUUAUCGAUCCGCUAUAUUCUAAGUUAGGAGAUGUGACAUCUGUUCGUCAUGAGAGGAAAUAUGACUACCCGAUAUUUUCUGGACGGAAACUAUCUGCCGUGCCGUUGACACAUGACGACGUAGUUUAUCAGAGUGCGUCACAGAUUUAUACAAUCGGAGGAAGUGAGGAUCCGUACAGUUCAAUUACAUCUGAGCCACGUCGUAAUGGUAUUGGAGCCGAUCGAGACGAAGACAGCAGUGGAAUCUACGAUCCUGGAUAUGCAAAAUUGAAACCCGAACUAUCCAAGUCGGUACGAUACAAGGAGUGCAUCCAACGAACAGAGCGAGAGGCUGAUCAGUUGUACUCUAAAAAUGGGGAUGGUGAAUCGAUGUCCAGUCGCGAGCCAUCAUACCGUUACAUCACAGUUCGCGAAAACGCAGAUGUCGUUCGCGAAAGGUUGCGGCAACAAGGACAGUUGACUCCACCUGCAAGGGAACACUACUAUUCUGUCAUUGGAAACGAAUAUGAGACUGUAAGUGAUGCGCCGAAUCCUGCUUAUAGUACUGUGCGAUUACCAUCAAAUCAUGGCAUUAGUUCUUUAAACGUAAGUACGGCUACUCAUCAGGUGGAGUUCGUCCCACCGCCUCCAACAUCACCUAUUCCGGAUCGAACACCGAACUCUGCAGACACGGAGAUUGCACCUUCAUCCUCAAGUUCACAUUCAGGCGAAGUCAAAAAUCCUGUAUAUUCUGUGUUAUCUAGACCAAGAGUUACAUCAUCGGCUACGUGUACUUCGUCACAUGGACUUUCUCCUGAAACUACCGGAUCAUUGUCUGGAGGAAUGAAAACUCAUGCUUGCUUAUCAACCGCUGCACAUGGUUGGAACAUAGCAUCAAUGAAAACGGCAACUUCAUUUGCUGGUUUAGAUCUAACGUAUACACCAUCAACAAGCCAUAACUCUGGUAAUAAUAGAAGCAUUAUGGGUACAAAAGACAAAGCAAUCAGCGAGUUUAUGCAGCGUCCACUAUUGCCGUACGGGGAGACCAUUUAUAGCCGGAGAGUUACUGAAGAAAGAGAACGAAUUGUGGAGAAUAACAGAACUCGCUAUAACAAAAUUUCUUUUUCUCCUGGUCUUGCUCGUUCACUGAGCUUAGAACCAACAUUGUCAACCGGAGUAUCAGGGGAUUCUCAUAACCUUUCACUGUUACCUGUUUACAAUGUAGAAAUUACACAUAUUGACCAGUGCAGGGAAAAUGGUGGACCGAGUGCAUACGAUAUUAUAUCGGAAUAUUUGGAUGCCGUUCACUCAAAUCCAUCAUCGUGUCGUGGCAGAUACACUUUGCCAAUACGAACGGUUAACGAAAGAUUACAGAGAGAGGCAUCACUCCAAAUCCACGCACCGUCCCGAAAAUCAAGAGAUCAAGCGACUACGAGACCUUGGAAAGACGAAACCGAAGAAGAAAAACGUCUUCGCCUUGGUACUAUAUAUACUGCAAAAGAUUACAUUAGUACGAUUGAUUUGGGAACAGAGCGACCUUGGCCUAUGUCCUGUUCUCAAUCACACGGUAUGACGGCGCAAGACUCAGUUCGUGCGUUCUCCGAUGAACAGUUGGAAAACAAUUUGGCUAAAACUGUAUGCGAUGAGAUAUCACCGGUCACGUUCAUCUGGAACUUAAGCGAGUCGGACGAGGACGGCAGUUUGUAUGGGGACUCAGAGACUGUAUGUUAUUGUCAUAGUCAUUCUACUAGAAGUAAUGUCGUUGAACAUAACAAAGCUGUAAUGGAAUACAUCCAUUGGGGCCGGAUUCCAGAUGAAUGCUCAUGA